AUGUUUGUUUUGGUCGAACAAAUUAAGGCUCAGCCGUAUAUUAGUAACGAAACCAGCAACUCACGCAUUGGCAGCUCAUUGAUAAGACUUAAAAGUCAGUCCCUGUUUGCAUUCGUUGCCCUAACCUCAGCUCAAAUAGAGCACACUACAAUGGGAGGGCGCCAGGGCCAAAACCUAUUCACGGAAGCGGCCAUUAGAGCGCCUAAGCUGCCUCAAAAUGAGUUCCCUGUUGAUUCUACGAAAGGAGACUCAACGGUCACCGAAAGAGCCAAAACGCCGCCUCAGAUAUGCACAAGUCAUUUUUCAGGACCGGAGAUCCAGAUGUUACCUACUCCGAUCGUUUAUACACCUUGUUCUCCGCAAAUAGCGUCUCCACAAGACCCUAAUUUGCCGCAAGUUCGCGACACACCGAGUGCUGGGAAGAAAAGGUAUCAUGGUCUAACACCGGCCCCAAUCACCUUGAAAGAGGAUUUGGGAAUUUCGAAUGCCGCGGGUGUCAAAGUUAAACCCAGAAUGGUGUCGGAUUUUGCACCCCAAAGCGCUUUGUCGCCUUCGACGUUGUCGACGCUUUCCCAAAGAGUAACGUCUUUAAGUGCUGUGGAUGAACGUUUAGAACCUGUAUCAGAGACGUCGUCCACGGAUCAAGCAACAAUUGCUCAAGUCAUCAUUGAUUCUCGGGACCAAGGCAUCCAGCAAAUCACGGCGUUCCCUUUAUCUGACUUAAAGCGGGCACUUUGUUUGCGUGAAACGCGCCAAAUUGGCAGCGGAAAUUUUAGUGAUGUGUUUUUGUUCGAGUUAGUAGACCAAAGCAGUCCAGAAUUCAACCAAGUCGCCGUCAAGCGCGUUAAAUAUCCGGAGACUCUCACGACAUCUACAUCGCCCAAAUCGCCCAAAUUUCGAGACAUGCUGUCGCGGGUCGAGAGCUCGUUGAAAAGAGAACUCGAAGUACUGUCCCAGAUUUCGCAUCCCUGCAUUGUAAAACUGAUGGCCAUAAAUGACAAGGAGUUUUUGAUAAAUGAAAGGCCAUUGAGUUCGAGAAACCUGGCCAAUGGACUGCCUCCAUGCGAUAUGAUAAUGUCGUAUUGUGCUGGUGGAGAUUUGUUUGAGGUUGCCGCUCACAGUGAGCUACCGCAAUGGCUUAUACAAAGAGUUUUCAGCGAAUUGGUACUCGCAGUAAAGUAUUUGCAUCAAAACAACAUUGUACAUCGAGACAUUAAACUCGAGAACGUGUUGUUACGUUUCCCAAUCGAUCAUAUUUUGACUAUGGGAGAAUCUUCGGACGUCUUGUGCAACGAACAUGUCAUAGAGCUCGCAGAUUUCGGCCUAUGUAGGCGCAUGGACCCCGGUGAAAUGUGUACAACCAGAUGUGGUUCCGAGGAUUAUGUUUCGCCAGAAAUUCUGAUGGGAGUUCCCUACGAUGGGAAACUGAGUGACAGUUGGGCCUUGGGUGUGGUACUUUUUGCACUUUUAGAAGAUCGACUGCCAUUUGAUCCUUUGCCCACAUCUGCACGCAGUUCUCGUCAACGAAGAAGGUCGACGGUACACCGGAUAUCUUGUUACGAGUGGCAAUGGUUGAAAUUCGUCGAUGAGGCGCAUCCGGCAAAAGAAAUCGUUGCCAACUGUUUGCAAAGGAAAACAACGCGUUGGGAUGUAAUGAAAAUCUCAGAAACACCCUAUGUCAGUCAAGAAAUCAGGCGUCUCAAAUUUCUGUAA